CGCCCGUGUCCACGCCCCACGACAACCACGACAGCCACGACAGCCACGGCAGUGACGGCGGCAGCCACGACAGCCACGACCGAGCGCUCUCCAUGGCGUCGCGCUUCGGCGCUCGCGCCGUGGUGACCUGCAUGCCGUCCGCGCUCAUGGGCGGGCGCCCGCACGCCGCUCUCCUGCGGAGCGCCGCGCGUCUCGGUCUCGCCUCGGACCUUGCCUUCAUCCCCUACGACGCCAUGCUGUACGCGCUGCCCUGGGGGCAGCCCGGACAGGCGGACUCAGGCCCGGUGCCGGCUCUGGCCGAUGACCCGGCGCUGCGGCGCGCCUACGCCGGGGUCGUGACCGUGACCCGCGCCCUGACCCCUGACCUCCGUGACGCGGCGCAACUCCAGCCCAAGCAGGCCUCGCCGCUCUUCGGCACCGUCUACGCCUCGGUGCUGCAGGUGGCGCGUGGCCUCGCCAGGACGCGUGCGCACCGCGGGUGGAUCUCGGGCGCCAAUGUGGCGCUCGGCGCCCGCCACGAGCGCGACGGCGCCGCGGCCGCCGGCAACGCCAGCUACGUGGUGCUGGUGGCCGACGGGCGCUCGGCCCGCCUGCGCGCGGCCCUCGCCGUGCUCCCGUGGGGCCACGCGGCCGGGGGGCGGCGGCCGCGACGGCGGCUGACGGUGGCGCCCGCCCCGGGAGGCGCCGCGGUCGCCGUGUCGCCCGGCACCGACCCCUACUGCUGGUUCGACGAGGAGUUUGGCUGCUCCGGGGGAAUGGAUCUGCCGUACUUGCUGUCGGUGUUGUUGAUCAUCACGGGCGGCCUCAGCGGAAUCACUGGACUCGCCGUGCUCCUCAGGCGGCGGCUGCAGCAGCAGUUGGACCACAGCCACAACAAGCUGAUCCUCACCCUGGAGCACCUCGUCUUCAUCCUGCCGCAGCUCAGCCGCAAGUUUAUGGACGAGAGCCGCGUGAGCCAGAUGAACCGCAGCGUGUCGGAGGCGAACAGCGCCGCCCACGCCGCACGCAACUCCUUGUCGGGGCGCAGCCUCCACACGGCGUCGCCGGAGACAACCAACAUCGCCGUCUACGAGGGCGACUGGGUUUGGCUCAAGCGGCUUCCGAGCGGCAUCUUUGGCGACUUCAAGCCCCGCGUGCGCUCCACGUUCCGCAAGCUGCGGGAGAUGCGCCACGAGAACGUGAACCCGUUCAUCGGCGUGUUCGUCGACUGCGGCGUCUGCGCCAUCGUGACGGAGCACGGGGCGCGCGGCAGCCUGGAGGACCUGCUGCAGAACCAGGACACCAAACUCGACUGGAUGUUCAAGUCCUCGCUCAUGACCGACCUCAUCAAGGGCAUGAAGUACCUGCACCACCACGAGCUGGUGCACGGGCGGCUCAAGUCGCGCAACUGCGUGGUGGACGGCCGCUUCGUGCUCAAGGUCACCGACCAGAGCUACUGCGAACUCAGCCAGCUGCUGCAGCUCACAGCGGAGGAGCCCAAGCCCGACGAGCUGCUGUGGACGGCCCCGGAGCUGCUGCGCGACGCGGUGGCGGCGCGGCGCGGCACCUUCAAGGGGGACAUCUUCAGCUUCUCCAUCAUCGUGCAGGAGGUGAUCAUGCGCAGCACCCCCUACUGCAUGCUGGAGCUGUCCACGGAAGAGAUCAUCCUCAAGGUGAAGCGGCCGCCCCCGCUGUGCCGCCCGAACGUGUCGGCCGACCACGCCCCGCUCGAGUGCAUCCAGAUGAUGAAGGCCUGCUGGCAGGAGAUGCCCGAGCGCAGGCCGACCUUCGACGAGGUCUUCGACCAGUUCAAGAACAUCAACAAGGGCCGCAAGACGAACAUCAUCGACUCGAUGCUGCGGAUGCUGGAGCAGUACUCGAGCAACCUGGAGGACCUGAUCCGCGAGCGCACCGAGGAGCUCGAGGUGGAGAAGCAGAAGACGGACAAGCUGCUCACGCAGAUGCUGCCCCCCUCCGUGGCGGAGUCCCUGAAGAAGGGCACGCCCGUGGAGCCGGAGCACUUCGACGAGGUGACCAUCUACUUCAGCGACAUCGUCGGCUUCACCACCAUCUCGGCGAUGAGCGACCCCAUCGAGGUGGUCGACCUGCUCAACGACCUCUACACACUCUUCGACGCCAUCAUCGGCUCCCACGACGUCUACAAGGUGGAGACGAUUGGCGUAUGCCUUACAUGGUGGCGUCUGGGCUGCCGGCGCGCGGGAACGGCAAACCGGCACGCGGCCGAGAUCUCCACAAUGUCGCUCGACAUCGCUUCAGCGCCGUCGGCUCCUUCAAGCAUGCGGCACUGCCUGACGUGCCGCUAA